CUCCAGCUGCCUCCUUCCCGGCCCUGCUCGGGGGACCUGCGUUGGGAUCAGCCGCUUGGGGCUUCGGGCAGGUUGGGUGAAGUUGGUUCAGUGGCUGAAUUCCACUUUCUGAUUUUUGCUGUUGGUUUUUAUUUACAUCUCUCGUAGAACAACUCCAAGCCAUUUGAAAUCUUUGCAAGCCAAAAUUUUCUCUUGGGGGGGGGGGGGGGGAGAUCAGAAUAACUUGCAGGGAUCCGUUGUGCAGUCCAGAAAUGGUCCUGUAAAGGAAAAGGCAUCUGGAGAUCCACCAGAGUCCUUGGACCCAUUUGAGUUGCUCUGCAGGAGAGAGAAAGAAUGGAGACACAAUCUUUUGCAAAGGAGGGAAGCAGAAAAGGCCCUUCCACUCUUCAGCCUGGGAAGGGUGGGGAGAUCUGGACAAGACCUGGUCAGAAGAUCCUGGAGGACGAAAUCAUCCUCACUUCAGAAGUCCAGCCCUGGAAGUUCAUCCAGUGCCAGGAGGCUGAGGGUCCUCGAGGAUUUUGCAACCUACUCCAUGACUUAUGUAGACGAUGGCUGAGAUCAGAAAAGCACACCAAAGCCCAGAUGCUAGACCUGGUUGUUCUGGAGCAGUUCCUGGCUCUUCUUCCUCCAGAGCUGGAGAGCUGGGUGAGGGAAUAUGGAGCAGAGACCAGCUCCCAGGCGGUGGCCCUGGUGGAAGGCUUCCUCCUGAGCCAGGCCGAGGAGCAGAAGGAGCAGGUCGAGUUGCAGUGCUGCACUGUGGAAAUCAGAGAUCCUGAGGGAAAGAAGAAUCCAUCAAAUCUCCCUCAGGAGCUAUUUUUCAGGAGGAUCCCUUGGCAAGAUCAAAGUCGGGACACCUCAGGAGGUAAUUGAAGAUCCUACGAUUACCCCCUUCACUCUCUUUUCUCUUCUGUACAAUACCUCUUCCUAUUUAUACUUCUCCACACUGAUUACAUCUCCAGAUAAUCACUC